CGCAGGGCCAAUGCCGUUCCUGAGCCCCCUGGGCGGCGGCGACGCCGACGACUUCUACUUCGGCUACGACGCCGGGUACCACCGCAGCGGCGGUGCGGGCAAGAGCGCCAAGAAGGACAAGGAGAAGGAGAAGGAGAAGGGCUUCCUCUCCUGCCUCCCCUGCUUCGUCCCCUGCUCGCCCGGCGCCGUAGACCCGAUGGCGCACCGUCGCCUUCUGUCGUCGGACUCCAGCGACAGCGACAGCGCGGCCGCCAUGGACAUCACCGCCGACCUCGCCCGCCUCCGCGCGCGCUACUCCCGCCUGGCCGCCGGCCCGCCCGUCCGCCCCCGCGACGUCCCCGGCCUGGUGGCGCGCCCCGACGACCCGCCGCUGGCCGUGUCCGCACUCUCCUGGCUCGGCGGGGACCUCCGCCCGUCCUGCAUGCUCCUGGCUUUGCUGCCGGCGCUGUUCCCGUCCCUCCCGUCCCGCACCAGCCACGCACUCUCCGCCGCCGCCCGCCGCCUCAGCGCCCGCGAGGCCGCGCUGGACGGCGAGGUGGCCGAGUACCAGUCCACCUACGCCAUGAAGCUUGCGUGCGAGAAGACCAAGGACGGCGUCGCCGAGACGGCCGCCGAGGAGAUGUGCAAGAUGGCGCGCGCCGCCCGGCGGGCGGACAAGCUGCGGUGGCGCGCCGUCGAGGUCGCCGUCAAGGAGGUGCUAGAGCCGGCGCAGGCCAGGGAGUUCCUCAAGGCCGUCGAGGACGUGUCGGGCAAGGUAGCGCGGCACGGCACCCGCUGGCACGCGCGCGCCGGGACGCUCACGGUGCCCGUCGAGGCGUUCGAGCGCGUGCGCGCCAACGCCAGGGUGGCGACGGACGAUGCCUGGUGAGGUGAGCUCUGACUCAAUGAUGAUCGCUUCAGGCAGCCACCUUCUUCUGCAGAACUCACCUUGCUCUGAUCAUGGAUUCGUACGUCAGUGAGAACUAGAAUGUUUCCUGCUUACGAUGUCUCGGUUUGCAUCAGAUAGGACGAUCAAAUGUACCUUGGCAUGGUCUCAUUAGAAUGUUAACUGGAUAUACUCCUCGCUCUGGGAAUAUGAAAUGC